GUUUGUUGUUAUUGUCACCUAGGUAUCGGCAAGACUGUUUUCACGAAGAAAGCAACUUUUGACUGGUCCCAGCAGAGAUAUUCAGAAACAUUAGGAGCAUUUGAUCUUGUCCUUCUGGUGAGAUUACGUGAUGUUAGUAAUCUCCAGGAUGUUCCGUCCAUUCUAACGGCUUGUGAAGUGCUGGAUAGUAAUGGUGCAAUUUCUGUACACAACUUGUAUGAUUACGUUCGUCGCCAUCAAGAAAAAGUCUUGCUUAUCUUGGACGGCUACGAUGAAUAUGUUUACAAUUCAAAAAACGAGUCGCCUGUCUUCAAAAUCUGGAAAAAAAGUCAAUUAAGAGAUUGUUGUGUUGUAAUUACUUCAAGGGAAAUGAAAGCUGAGACGUUGAGAAAUUAUAGUGAUGCUCAAUUUAAAAUUGACGGCUUUAAUUAUCAGCGCCAAGAAGAGUUCGCCCGUAGAUUUUUGAAAGAUGAUAAAGAUAUUGAAGAUUUUUUUAUGUACUUAUGGCAGCACAACCUAAGUGAACUAGCACAAAUUCCCCUACUGCUCUUAAUGUUGUGCUUGCUCUGGACAAAAACAACACGUGAAGAACUACCAAAAGAACGCGCAGACAUCUUCGCCCAGUUCAUGACAACCAUGUUUGAUCACAUGUGUGAAAAAAAGUCUGCUGAAGAAUCGGUUUCUGCCAAAGAUUACUCAGAUGAAUUAUACGCAUUAGGACGCUUGGCCUUUAAAGCCCUUUUGCAAGGCCAGCUUUAUUUCCCUUUUAGUCAGUUACCUGCUGGCUACAGUUUAAUCGAGAGGCUGAUUGAAGUCGGCCUUUUUCAGGUUUUAAAUAUGGCGACUUUGAAUCCUGAAAAAGGCGUGUACUUUAUUCACAAAUCCGUCCAAGAAUACCUGGCUGGGAAUUUCCUAAAAGAAGACCUGACAUCUAAAAAGGCUGAAGGCACCAAUUCCCUGUCAAACGUGGACUCAGUUGAAAAGAUCUUUAAAAUAAAUGAAGCGCUCAAAUUUGCUGGUGAGUUGUCAGAAGAAGCCGCGCGCGACAUUCUGAUUCAACUUGGAAUGGCGGCGAAGAAAGAAGAACUGACAGAGUUUAAAUUCGACAACGAAACACCCUCAAAGAAGGACUUGUCAGAAGAACAAAGAAAUUUUAUUAGUCUUUGUAAUGAGUUAUUUUUCUACUGCUCAGCUGAGACAAGAAAAAACCUCUUUCCUACAUUUCUUUCCUCUUUAGGAGGAGUUCUUGUAAUUAAUGAUAAGCAGCUAAAUGUUAUCGUAAUGGAAAAAUUAGUUCAAACUGCCGAAACACCCAACUACGUUUUUUUUAGUACAAAGGAGCAGGACUAUAGUAAUUUAAUCAUUUUAACACAACAAUUAAACGCAGUUAUUGUUAGCUCUGCAGGAGAAAAGAAAGCAUCAGAAAUUUUAAGCAACUUAACAUGGCGUCAUAUUGGUGAAUUUUUUUUAAAGAAAGAAGAAAACAACACUCACCUUUAUUUAGCUAAAAUUGUUAAAGAUAAAGAUGAAGACAUUCCUUUUCCUUGUGAUAUAAUAAAGGCGCUAAUAAGUAAACAAGAGACAACAAAGAAGACAAACAUGAAUGGUGAUGAGUCAAGUGAAGAGAGCAGCAGCAGCUGUUGUUCAAAGCGUCAUGGUCUCUCCAGGGUUCGGAGGAUUAAAGCUCGGUGGGUGAACAGGUCAGAAGUGGAACAGCUGAUUGAGAUGAUGGCGUUUAUCACCGCUCCACACCAGAUAAUGGUUGUGGGUGAACACGGUGAAGUGUUGGAUGCUGAGGUAACAGAGUCUCUGCUGAGGAACAUCCAAGUAACACACAAACUGAAGGAAUUAAUGCUUCAUUUACCGUAGUUGCCAGAAGACAUAGUCCAAGAGUUUUCUGAGGUUGAAGCUCUGGAAUUGGACCCAAUGAAGUAACAUCAUCACCUGCUGUGGAGUUGUUCAUCAGCAAUUUAUUUAAAAAAGCACCAAACUUGGAGUCGCUCCACAUGUCAUCCAAUCCUCUUCUGGGUGCAGGAGUAGACAGCUUGAUUCAACAUCUCAGCUGCGCUCCUCACCUGAAGGGACUGGGGCUUGGAGGAGUGAAGAUGACUCCACAGCAGGUGAUGGAUCUGUCAUCAGCCAUCAAGCAGCACAGCAACAUCACUCUACUGGUGUCAUACUACCACGUAAGUUUUCCAAUUUUAUCGCAAUUUGUUUCUUUAUUCUUUGUUUACAGUUUAUUUCUACUCAGCUCUUGCCUUUCGCCAUUUUCCUUUCUUUGUCAUUUUUAUACUCGACAAAACACGAGAUUUACUUUUGAAAACAAAUCACAAACUUUAGCAGAUUCAAAGUAUCAUUUCAAAUUCAUUCCUUUCAAUUGAUUAAACUAAAUCCAAAAAAAUGUUUUAACCGAGAACAAGUAAAUUAAUCUGAAGGUGUUUUCACUGUGCAAAAUAAUGGAUCAGCGAGCAGAUAUGAAAUUUCUCUUCGAGUCUGGUUCAACUCGAUAUGAGCUGACUUAACAAACUUGUGAUAUAUGUAUUAAAACAAAAAUUCCAUAGUAUUAAUUUCUCAAUCAAUUUUAAUUCAUUACUUUUCAUAAAAUGAUGAAUAACAAGCAUAAAAUCAAAAAAAUGUUGUGUUCAUGUUCAAUUCAAACAAACAAAAUUUGCAAAAAUCAAGAGAAAAAAAGGUUAACCACUUACAGUUUCACUUUUAUCUCUAAGGUUUUCGUAAAAUCAGCUAAACUCAAGUAAAGUUUCUUUGAGAGUCCAGAAAACGAAGAAGUCUUUUUAGAGCUGUCCUUUUGUUUGAAUGUCCCUUGCGUUUCGGUAAAUGCUUGUCCUCCCGUAAAUAACCUGACUGUAGCGUAGGUUUUUGAGAUAGCGUUCCACAAAAAAUAUAAUUCCUCUGAGACACUUUGGUUGAAAUUUAACACCAUACAUUAAAUCAUAGGUAAAAGCACUCCUCAAUGGUACUAGCUGUGUAUUUUUGUCGGUUACUUGUUUUCCAGUUUUACGACGAACACAAGAAAUCCUGCGCCACUUCGUGUCUUGUAUGAAUGAGUUGAAGUUCAUAAAUGUAGUUUCCUUUAGCUUGCACAAAUCCUUUGACAAAUUCCUGAGUACACGAGACGAAUUUUUCUCUUAACUGGUAUUUUACGGUGUUUUCUCAUUCUUUUUGAGUCCAUCUUGAGUAUUUUUGCGUUGAAAGUUUUCUUUGAUGAGCAAACUCAACUGAAGUGAACAACAAACUACAAAACCAGCAAACUGUCAUUCAAAGUGGCGUGAGAGGAGGCUUGUGACGUGGCGACAGCUGAUUGGUUAUAUAACUAUCCACGUGGUAGAAUUUUCCCACCUUUCGUUAUGCAGCGCAGCAAGCGUUUUUUCAGACGAGACGCAGGUUUUUUUGCGCCUCCCCUCCCAACCCCCACUAAGGAAAAACUGAUCUGUGAGGAUUUUAUGAGACCAAGGUUAAUAGAAGAAAGGGCUCCAAGGUUUCAAUAAUUCGCACAUUUUAAGAGUAUAUUAUUUGAUUUUGCUGUUUUGAAAGUCUUGCAUGCAAAUUUUAGGGGUUGAAAAGUAGAAUGUGGUCUUUAAGCUGCGGGCACCUUUAGAGGUGUGUCCAAGAAGUCAGAUGUAUUUUUUUUUGGUUUUGUCGUUUUCCCCUCGUUUUCGUAUUUUUAACUCCUUUUUUCAACAGAACUUUAUUUCGUGAGGCCCUUGCUUUUUCUGUAUGUAGGUAAUUUCUAAUCACUAUUAAACGGCACAAAAAUUCGGAAAUUUAGGGUUGACAAGAAAAAAUCAGGAACUUCUCGUGCAGCAACCUAAAGGGUGGUUUCCACUAGCGACGGAGUCGGAGUUGGAGUCGUAAGAUUGCUUAUCAGGGGCACCCAACGACAAUUUUCGGAAAAUUAUCUGUUCGGAAGACGAUUUGAGAUCUAGAAUUUUCGGAUCAUUUUCUGAAAAAUUUCUUGCUUGCCUGCUUCUCCUAGGAUUUUCGAACAUCAAAAAAAUGGUAUAAUUGCCCAUUUUUAACGGAUUUUUACCCUAAUAAGGUCACCUAGAAUUUUCGGGAGCCUUUUUUCUGGCUGAAAUUUUCGGAAAGGUAGAUUUUGAUCCCUAUAAUUUUCGGAUCACUAUACUUUCAGCUAGGAAAUCCGAACAGAUGAAAAAUUUUUAGGGGAUAAAAAUAAGCCUUUAUCUACUGUUUAAAUUCUAAAGUACGUUCAACAAUGCUAUGUUUAUGUGGUUUUGAACUAUAUUCUCGUUGGGUGCCCCUGGCUUAUGACCUAGUGAAAAUCAAAAAUCGGAGUCGUAAGCGGAGUAACCUGAGAUCAGGCUCUGUUUUCGUUUCGCUUUGAAAAUUACAUUAGGGCGGGCAAGGCGAUUUUUUUAGCGGUAGCCGUUAGAGAGAAUGCAUGAGAACCGCUAAAAUUGGGCCUGAUCUCAGGUCAUAAGAGGCGUGAUAAGCGCGCCGGAAUCGGAGUCAGAAGAAUUAGAACGUUUCCAUUUCUUCCGACUCCGCUUACGUUCCGCUUAUGAUUUAGUGAAAACCAGGUUGUCAGAAUCGGAAGCAGAAGCAGAAGGAGAAACCAAUCCCGAUGCACGUUCUCACGCUUUGUGAUUGGUUUCGUUCUUUCGCUUCUGCUUCCGGCUCUGACAAUCUGGUUUUCACUAGAUCAUAAGCGGAACUUAAGCGGAAUCGAACGCUGUUUUCACUAGAUCAUAAGGUCUACGCUUUUGAUAACGACUCCGACUCCGACUUCGACUCUGCCACUAGUGAAAAGCAGCCUUAAUUUUGAGACACUCACAAGAAAGUUUUUUAGCGCAGCGGUACUCGCAAGACCAUUCAGGACGAAAUUACUGUUUAGGGACGUGGAUUUUAAGACUUUGAACUAAAUAAGACCUCGGAACGGAUUGCAAAAUGAGCGAAAUCUCUUGUUUAGUCCUAAAUAUAACUAAAUUAAAGAAGAAAAACGUCUUUGUCGCAAGCAGAAAUUUCUAUAGUACUACUUUGACUAUGUGUUUUAGAAAUGACCUCUUUUCGGGGUGGAAUCAGCUUGAGCUUUACUCAGAUUGGUCUUAAAGUUCCAAGGGUGAUCAACAUAAACUUUCUCCUGACAUUAUCAAAACAUCAUCAAUAGAAAAGGCUAGGAGAAGUAAUAAGCUGAUGAAUAAAGGAGACUGAGUACUUUGAUCUUUUAUCAAGUUCUCUCAACUACUUCUAUAAGGCAAUGUAUGGACACUAGUGUGGAGAAUUUGUUUUUUAUAUAUUGGGGCUUAAUGGGUUAAGGGUAAAAUUCUAGUUGUCCGAUGAGCAUUCACGUCCCCAUCACAUAGUAGUUAACCCCUGGGGUUAUUUUUACCCUUUAAUUGCUUAUCACUUAAUGAAAGGUUUUAAAAUCUAGACUACACUUUCGAUCUUUUAAACGUUGCUUUAAAAGUUGAAUGGUGCUAGUGUUAUUUUGUGAUUUGUUGUAGGAUUUUGACGGGAACCCCUACCCUGAACAUGAAUGGCCGUCAGAAGACUUUUGGAAAAAGAAGUACCCCAGUCUCUUUUCUCACUCAUCAACUGAAUCACAGACGCAAAAGCAACAGGUUGGUCAUCAACUUUGGCAAAAGAAAAUCGAGUAUAAUAUUUCCUGAGUUUGGUUAUUUCCUGGGGAAAAAAAAACUGGAAAAAAAAAAACAUUCCGUUUAAAAACGUAUGGUUUUUCUUCAGCUUUUCAGGAGUUCACUUAUUAUAAACUGAAACUGAGGGAACAGGAAAUAUGUUUUGUAUCAUAGUAGUUUCAGGCUGGUUUUUUUUUUCUAGUCGCGAUUUCACAAAAACUGAGUCAAAUCAAAACAGUGCAGUUGAAUAUAAGUCUUACUAACGAUAACAAGUUAUUUUUGUGGUCUUAGGCUCUUAGCUCACUUCUUUUAAGAAGUGAGCUAAGUCAUACCGAAACCGACGGUUCUCUUACAACGAUGGCUUUUAAUUGUGGAAGUUACUGUUCGAACAAUAUUGCAACGGACUGCAAUCCGUUUUGGAAACACCUCUGGUUUUGGAAACAACCUGAAGUUUUCUUCAUACGUUUUUUACCGUUCGGGAAGUCGAUUUAAUCGUGCACUUUGAAAAAACUUGCUGAUUUUCGUACGUGAAGUUUAUACAAGCCGCGAGAAAAUGUGGAUCUUUGAGAUGUGUCAACAGUAGACUGAGGUUCUGUGUUUGUAUAGUGUUGUUUUCAUUACUAACAGAAGAGCUUGUUUUUGCUCAACCAUCUUAUCGGCUCAUCAACUCUUAGCCUGUUUGAGGCGUUCAGAUAGUGGAAAGUGCCACUCUCCACUAUCUGAAAGCCUGGAACAGGCUCUGAUAAACUCUUGUUUUCUUUUACCACUCGAACAGAUUCCUGCAGAGACUCCCCUCAGUAUUCACGACUCACCAUUCCCCGCUGACGAUCGAGACACCGUGGGAAGAACAUUUUCAGCGCCUCCUGAUCCUACCGGUAAGGUUUCUUGGUCAAACGUCAGUUUUCUUUUCUGAGAUGUCCUUCUUUUUAAUAAUUGCGGUGUAGACGUGCACCAAGUUGCUGUUGUCGCAUCCUGUCAGUAAUUUUUAUGAAGGAAAUCGGACUUUCACAAUUAUGUUUAUCCAUUAGUCUGUUUAUAGACCAAAAAGGUAUUCUACCUAGUACUACCCGGCAUGAGUAUUUAACGAACCAGGCCUCGCUAUCAUAUACAGAAACGAAAAGCAGAACAGUCACUGGGGAAGUUUAAAAGGAAAAGAUCUUGUUCCGAUGUAGGCAUUUUCCCGGUGUUCCGUAAAGUGAGCGCUGUUUGCAGUAAUUAUAUAAAUUUAGUAGUAAAACAGGGGGAACAUAACAUUAAGAAAGGAUAAAUGUUCCAGAAGUCUAUCAGUCAGAAAUCGAUGGUUUCGUUUAUACCAUCAUGUGACGUGGUUUCUUUUUUGUUCCUUUAGCAGAUCCAAUGUUAGCAGUGUCGUCCAUUUCUACAGCACAUGGAUCCAGUCACGGUCUGACACCCGCUGCAGCCUACAGUGGUACCCUCCUUCAUAACGUUCAGUAUUCACAGCAUUACUCCUCACCUGAUAUAUACACCUAUCACCACAGUGCCCCCUCCACCAUCUUAACACCUGGAGGAUCUUUGGGUAACGAUUCGCAUCUUUUCACAGGUUCUGGCCUGUCUACAGUCUCACAGGACGAGCCCGAGGUGGGUUGUUUGUCUGUUAAUGAGGUAAUGAGGUUUUAUUCACGAAAUUGUUUUUAAUCAUAGGCUAGGAUUUAUAUUUACCGAGAGAGACUUCAUGGAACAGGCGCCUUCUAAGUAAAAAACGUGUUAGAAGGAGAGUUAUUCAACUUCGCUGGGCUAUAAACGUGUUAGAACUCGACGUACAACCCUGUAACUAACCUCUCUAUUAGGCUGAAAACUCUGCCGGUAAGCCGGACACUGGGUGUUGGUCUCUUCUCUGCAGCUUUCCAAUCAUUCUACUGUAACUUAACCUUUUAUACCACUAAGACGCGGACACCACUCUGAAGCGGACAAUUGGAGUUGGAAUCCAUCUUAGAGAGAGUUAGCUUUUGACAGAAAGGGUCAGCUGAUUAUUUCCUAGAUCAUACGCUUAGCUGAGUGAUCUUAAAAACUGUGAAAUGUUUGUUAGCGGGAGAUCACACGUUUACUUUGGUUCCGUACUGAUACUUGGUCCCUUUUUACAGAGCGAAACUCGCCCCAGUACUCAGGACGUGCCGUCACACGAUCCUGGAACCGCAGGACCAGUUCCAGUGCCUCUCCAUUCUGCUAGUAAGGUUUUCAUCCAUGUUACAACUAAAACAAAAUUCUACAAUUUAAUAAGCUAG